AGCACUGCAGUUCAGUUCUUACCGGCGCUAGUUUCAUUCCGCUGCCAUUUUCCCCGAUUUAUUAUCGAACGUUCUCACGCUUCUGACAAAGUUUAAAGUCAUUCAAGUUAGUGCGGUACUAAACGCACAAUAACGCAGAAUAUAACCAAGAUGUAAUUCGUUUGACUCGAAUAUAAUCACAGAAGAUCAUAGUCGACGUUAUACAAAAAUGUAAAGAGAGAUCAUUAAAGAUCCAAUCAAGAUCAUUAAAACGACGUGUGGAAAAACAACGCAGAAAUGUACGUGAAUGAUGGAUCAACGAGUUCAGCACGACAUAUUGCCAACGUGAACAAGCUAGAUGUUAUCAUGAUUUUCGUGUCGCGCAACAUCCGCAUUUGCAAGUAUGUCAGCGACAUCGAAACGUUAGACGAAAUUAUAACUCAAUUCUUUCUGCAUGAAGCAUCAUUUGAUCAUUGGUUAUUGUUGAAAAGAAAUACGUAGGAAUAUAUGACAUGAAAUGUAUAUUGAAAUCUAGGAGAUUUGUGGAAUCUGUGUGAUAAGACGACUUAUGUUUUUCAUCGCUCGAAUGAAUAAUUUUCUUGAAUGUCGCAUUCAAAUAUUAAUAUGCUUGGCGAUGAAUACAAACGGAAAUGGCAGCUGUAUUAACAAGCUUAAUCGGCACUACUUCCAUUCUGGAAGUUGGACUCGGUUUGAUUCCACUUUUGGCCAUCGGUCUCACCAUCUACAGAUACAAUAACGUCGAUCCAGAAUCACAUCCGCAAAAUGCGCAAGAGCUACUACGAAUGUAUGACUUCAUAGUGAUUGGAGGUGGUAGCGCAGGUGCCGUGGUGGCCUCGAGAUUAUCGGAAGUACCUAAUUGGACGGUGCUACUUUUAGAAGCUGGCGGUGAUGAGAACGAAAUUUCGGAUGUUCCUCUACUUGUCAGUUAUAAUCAGCUGACAGAAUUCGAUUGGAAGUAUCAGACUUCACCACCUAAUAUAUCCGCCUAUUGUCUCGCCAUGAUAGGCGACAAAUGUAACUGGCCUCGCGGCAAAGUUCUCGGAGGAAGCAGUGUUCUCAAUGCUAUGAUUUAUGUUCGUGGUAAUAGGCACGAUUACGAUAACUGGGCUCGAUUGGGUAACACAGGAUGGAGCUACGAGGAAGUGCUCCCUUAUUUCCUCAAGUCUGAGGACAAUCGUAAUCCGUAUUUAGCAAGAACACCUUAUCACAAGACAGGAGGUUACCUGACGGUGCAAGAACCGCCUUGGAGAACUCCUUUGGCGAUCGCUUUUUUGCAGGCUGGUCAAGAAAUGGGCUACGAAAAUCGCGACAUAAACGGAUUCAAUCAAAGUGGCUUUAUGUUGAUGCAAGCAACAAUUCGACGUGGCAGUCGAUGCUCGACAGCGAAGGCCUUCCUACGACCGAUUAAGAAUAGACCAAAUCUGCAUAUAGCAAUGCACGCUCAGGUUUUGAGAGUGCUCUUCAACGCCGAGAAAAGGGCAACGGGUGUAGAAUUUCUUCGCGACGGCAAACAACGAAUUGUAAGAUGCAGAAGAGAAGUUAUCUUAUCCGCCGGCGCGAUUAAUUCGCCUCAAUUACUCAUGUUGUCCGGAAUCGGUCCCAGCGAGCACUUGACUGAAUUUGAUAUACCUGUGAUAUCAGACUUACGAGUCGGGGAUAAUCUUCAAGAUCACGUGGGCCUUGGUGGACUGACUUUCUUGGUGAACGAGUCGAUCACUUUAAUAAGAGAACGAUUUCAAACCUUUUCGGUGAUGUUUGAGUACAUCGUAAAGGAACAAGGACCCAUGACUACCCCAGGAAUCGAGGCAUUAGCCUUUCUUAAUACUAAAUACGCUGACAAGUCCGGCGAUUAUCCGGAUAUACAGUUUCACUUUGCACCAAGUUCGGUCAAUUCCGACGGCGAACAAAUAAAACAGAUUCUCGGUCUGAAAGAUCGUGUGUACAAUAUCAUGUACAAGCCCUUGCGCAAUGUCGAGACUUGGUCGAUUUUGCCACUUCUGCUGCGACCCAAGAGCACAGGUUGGAUCAGGUUGAAGAGCAGAAAUCCCUUAGUUCAUCCGGACAUUAAUCCCAACUACUUUACGCAUAAGGAGGACAUAGAUGUUCUCGUGGAAGGGAUAAGAUUGGCGAUGCGGGUAUCCAACACCAGCGCAUUUCAGAGAUUCGGCUCGAGACCUCACACGAUUCGUAUGCCGGGCUGUCACAUAUAUCCGUUUGAUACAUACGAAUAUUGGGAAUGCGCCAUACGACACUUCACCUUCACAAUUUAUCAUCCAACGAGUACCUGCAAGAUGGGACCGCGGGGCGAUUCCAAGGCUGUCGUGGAUCCGCGAUUAAAAGUUUACGGAGUGAAGGGACUCAGGGUCGUCGAUGCUUCCAUAAUGCCUACCAUUGUCAGCGGCAAUACGAACGGGCCGAUUAUUAUGAUCGGUGAGAAAGCCAGUGACAUUAUCAAAGAGGAUUGGCGAGUGAAAGGAAAGGGAAGUACCAGACAGAGACGAUAAAUAAAAUUGGGAUUUUUAAAUACGUUGUACAUCAUCUCGUUGUAUCCAGAUAUAAUUAAAAUGUCAUAUCAUACAAAAAUAAUGUC